AUGGAGUUUGACGAGGAUGAGGAUUCUUCUCCUUCUAGCGCUUCCGGAGAAGCCUUUUGCUCUCGAACAACAUUCUUCGUCAAUGCCGACUGGCGCAUGGGGUCGACUCUCGCAAAUGCAACCACCAUUGUCGGCCAAAUGUACGUGGAGCGCCUGGAUCCUGUUAAGAAACUGCAACCCUACCCUAUCAUCCUUAUUCACGGCGAUUUUCAUACCGGUCAGAUGGCCAAACCUGAUGGAAACCCUGGCUGGGCGUCGUAUUUUGUCCGACGAGGCUUCCAGGUCUAUGUCGUGGACCUACCUCCAUGCGGAAGAUCGAAUUUUCUGACUGCCGCCCAUUUCAUCCACCGAGACCUCAGUCGCGUAUCCCACUCACUUGCGGCUUCCGUCGUCGAGAGUGAACUUACCGCUCCAGGUAAGGAGCCUGCACACGGUCAACCGCUCGUUCCUCUCAGACACUCGCGAGCUGGUAUGCAUAGCAAAUGGCCUGGAACUGGACAGCGAGGUGACCCCAUCUUUACCAACUACUGCGCCUCACUCGUCACAUUGCACCUCAACAAGAUUGAACGGCAGUCAUUGGGCCAGAAUGCCAUUCGAGCUCUGCUUCACAAGACUGGGAAGGCUGUUUUGGUGGGCGAAGGCUCUGGAGGAAACAUGAGCUGGUUAGCAAACGAUGUCGCGCCGGACUUGGUGGCUGGAGUGGUGGCUGUUGAGCCAGCAGGCCCUCCCUUCGGAACUGCCAUGCCAAAAAACGGCCAGCCUCGAGUCUACACCCAGUUCAUUCAACUGGACAAAGGAAACCGGCUGUAUGGAUUGACAGACAUACCCUUGACCUACGAUCCUCCUACCCACCCUCACGAUGGAUUUGAGAGACCUGCGAGGGAUCCCCUAGACAUUGUGCGAGCAUUACGACCCGACCGCCUGGGCGCUUGCUUCAUGCAGCAGAAAGCCGAGACUGAUAUAAUCGAGGUCGGGUCUGAUGGCAAGCCACUACCUGGACAGCAGGUUCGGCAACUGAUCCACCUCAAGAAAGUUCCCCAUGCUCUCAUUACUGCGCAUGCCAGCUCACACACCGUAUUUGACUGGGCCACAGUGGCCUACAUGAAGCAGGCUGGGGUCGCUGUCGACUGGCUAAGAUUGGAGGACUUCGAAAUUGUCGGCAACGGUCAUUUGAUGUUCCUCGAGACGAACAGUGAUGAGGUCGCCGGUGUCAUUGAGAGAUGGAUCCAGAAGAAAGUUACCGCCGGUUCUCAAGUCGCCAGUCCGACCACUUCGUCCGAGUCGCGGAGCAUGGUUACUUCGGAAAAUGGAAGAGCGAAGAAGAGUGAACAAAGCGGCAAUUUGAAGGCCAUUCCGGAAUCGACCCCGGUCCUUUCUUCAACGGGUUCCAUUAGGAAUUCCGAGUCGGCACCACAUCCACUUCCGGGUAACACACCCCAAGUCCAGGUGCAAAAUCAGAAAUGGGGGCCAAGAGCUGGGUGUCAAUCCAGUGGACCUGGUCAACUGACUCAAGACAACGGCAAACGACCGGCUGAACAGUCCAUUUCCGGGCGUGCUACUGCUUCUGAGACGCUUCGAGGCAUAGGGAUUCGUCCGGAGUCGCCUUCAACGCAAGAACAGAAACGGCGCUGUUUGGGUCAGAGUGUCAAAUCUACCUCGAUGCCAAUGAGCACUGCUUCCGGAACGUUCCCUAUUCCUCAGCUCACUCAACAGCAGCACAUUCGUGCCUUUCAGAAUAUGCAGGGACAAGUUCAUGGUAGAAGCAACCAGCAUCCGCCUCCUGAACAGAGCAUGAUGCGAUCCCCAAACCUGUGUGGCCCAUCCCAGUUGAGGCAACAACUCCAGCCGAUCACCGGAGCUGGUCCUACUAGCCCUUAUCACGCCACCGCGACGCUUCCUCCUAUUGCACGACCUUCCACUCCUCAAGGGACCCCGCUGUAUGCUCACCUUUCAGGAAAUUCUCAGCAUGCUUCCCAAUCUAGUGGGCUGGCCUUGGUGGCUGCGACAGAAAGCGAAUCUGCCGGGCACCUUCCCCGAGUGUUUAGACACAUCACGUUUUCCGAUGAGUCCAUCAAAGCUUUGGCAAGCACACCUCCACAUCGCAUUAUCGGCAACCCUGAGCCAACUCCUGGGUCAUCGGGUCAUUUUAUUGCUACCGCGGUUCGUCAACAACUCGACUCCCCGGGACAGCCACGAAUGAAUGGCUCACUCGUCGACCCUCGGCUGUCUCAAGUUUCGACACCGACCAAUCAACAAACUUCUCCUCGGGCCAACAAUGUUCAGAUAACCCCAUCGGGCCAUGGAAAUAUGGACUUUGGCGGCUUUCGAGUAACGGAAUUUGGCAUGUUGCCUGCAAUGACACCCCCAAGCCCAUCCCCAGCUCCACGGCCUGUAGUCAACCAGAUGCCUUCCAACGACAUGGGCAUCCCGCCUGCUGAAGAGCAGCCUACGGCGCAGUGA